GCGUUCGCGCCACGACGUUUCAGCCCGUCUCUGGCUCCGGGUUCAGGCUCCAGUCCAGUCUGUAGUGGGUUUCUGGGCACAGACUGGAUCAGGUUGCGGGACUCCAUCGCUGUGUCUUAGUGCGUGAGCUCCGGCUCUAAAGCGUAAAGACAUGCCAGGAUUUAUGGGACGGACAGAAGAACGCACUGUGGGCGCGCACGCAAACCAAAGUGCAUGUUAGCGCUUGUAAUGAUCUGGUACCGUGGAUAAAAUGCGUGCGAAAGGGCGAUUUUCCUUGUAAUGCCAGGACUGAAAGUUUCAGAGCAAACUUCGUUCAGCCCCGAGUCUGAGCUUUGAACAGACAGAGGCAACAGGUGCGCGUGCACUGGCCAGAGGAGACUAGACAGUUGGAGACCGGGAGAGGAUCUGUUCUCAUUCAUCGAGUUAAAAUUUCACUUCUUACUGAUGGACUAAUGAUUAAGAUUAUGCGAGUAGUGCGCAGCGUCUGUCCGCCCCAAAUGUGGCCAAGCGCGCACUGGUGUCCUCCCAACCCCGCGUGCGUGUGCUGAGGCAAAGCCACCCGUCCGCAGCGCUGUGUGAUCGCGAACUACAAGUCAUCCAAAUGAGCCUGUCAUUAAUACUCCUGCUCGCAUCGCUUCUCCAACAGUAUGGCGCGGGAGCUGAGUCCAGUCACGUCAUCAAGUCUCACCUUCCAGGUGUGAAAGAGCUAAACGGAGUUCAAGAUUCCCUUCAGGAAAAGGUCAUAACAGUGUCUGGAGAGGGAACAAUCCACAGCCCAGACUUCCCACACACCUAUCCCAGGAAUAUCGAGUUAGUCUGGAGACUGGUGGCCACUAACAACACGAGGAUCCAACUCACAUUUGAUGACAGGUUUGGGCUGGAGGACCCUGAAGAUGGAAUAUGCAAGUACGACUUCGUAGAGAUCAAGGAUCUGGCUGAGAAGGGGCUCCCAGGUCGCUGGUGUGGGUCGGCGCCGGUGCCAACAAGUAUCAUUUCCAGAGGCAGCCAGAUUGUUAUUCGAUUCCUUUCUGAUGAGUACUUUCCAUCCGAGCCAGGGUUCUGCAUCCACUACUCCCUUCAGUCUAUGAGUACAUCAGAACCUGAGCUCCUUGCGGCUCCUCCCUCCUCCAUGCAGAAUAUGGAGGAGCUCUCAGAGGCUGUGGCUGGGCUGAGCACCGUGGAGGAGGUCAUGAGGUACCUGGAGCCAGAGCAAUGGCAGCUGGACAUGGAGGAGCUGUACAAACCUUCGUGGCAUGUGCUGGGGAAGUCAUUCAUCCACAACAAGAAGCCCCGAGGAGGAGCUGAUCUGAAUUUGCUGAGGGAAGAAGUUCGACUGUACAGCUGCACUCCGCGCAACUUCUCUGUGGUUUUGCGUGAAGAGCUGAAAAGAACAGACGCCAUUUUCUGGCCCAGCUGCCUCCUGGUGAAGCGCUGUGGUGGAAACUGCGCCUGCUGCUCUCAGCGCUGCUUCAGCUGCCAGUGCAGUCCUGCCAGGGUCGCAAAGAAGUUCCACGAGGUUCUGGUGCUGAAGCAUCGAGGGGGUGGGAGAGGCCUGCAGAAGUCCCUGACUGACGUCCCCUUGGAGCACCAUGAGGAGUGUUCCUGUGCGUGCAGAGAAGACUCGGACUGACCUCGGACAUGUGGAACAGCUGCCAAAAACAGGAUCAGAGUACUUCAGGCAUGAACCCCUGCUGCUGUUCUGUACCUCAUCCGCUCCCACUGGGACCUAACAAGAUUCUCCCUUUAUCCUGUUGUCCUUUCACUAAUUGGAUAAAGCAGAACAGACUGGAAUUUAAUAAAUAUUCUGAAUGGUGUGGCCUCUAUGGAAUACCAAUGGUGUGCUUGAAAUGGCAAAAAACUUACCAGAGGAGAAGCAGACUGAAACCUGUGAUCUCCAAAGACUUGCUCCUCUUUAGCAUCUCCGGGAUUAGAACUCUGAAGCUCGUUUUCUUUUGCAGCGCUCUGAUUCUUUUAUUGUAUUUUUUUUUCAGUAGGAUGAGUCUUUGUGGGCUGAUAGUGUCAUGAAACAAGGGAGCCUCUUUCUUCUCUAAAAGGAGUCCUCAGCUUCUCUAUUAAAGCAAGGAAAUGUGCUUUUGUCAAUGGUUCUGCUUUGCUCUUCUCUUGCUCUGCCACAGAUUUAAUCAGUGGUUAACCGCAGCUACGUGAGACUGAAUUACAAUGUAAAUAUUUUUUACAUUUGCUGUUUUUUAUGCAAAAAUCCCCACUUAGGACAGGCUGGACGGUAUGAAUCUGUUGGAGAUCCUUCAGAUAAAUUUCUGCAAGACUCUUGUAAACAUUUUCUAUUAUGCUUUCUUCAGAAAUGCAGUUUUUGCAUCUUCAUUGUUUGUAUCAGGUAUUUAUUUGUUAUUGACAGGGAAUUUAGGUCAAAAUGUUUCGCUCAUCACAAUUGCCACUGUCGUAGUAUUAGUCUGCUUCUUUCGUUUUUAGCAUAUGUUGGGUUUCAUUGUGGAUGUUUUUAAUUUUUCUUUACACCGAAGUUAUUUAUCCGUUUGUGUUUUUUUAAUCUUGAAAUAAAUUCUUUUGUUUCUAA